CAGUGAAUGGCGGUUUUAUGUUUUACUUGAGUAUCUUCUAAGAUUUCUGUACUCCAUCUCUUCAACAAAAUGCUUUUAUCUAUCUGAGACAGAGUUAUGACACGCAAGGUUUUUCAAGAUGAUUGCGACCAAAUUGUAUUCCUCAUCGAUUCGAAUCCUUCGUUUUGGGGAUCUAACUUUUCAUCCGUGGAGGCAGCGAACGCCAUUCGAUUGUGCGUGUUAAAAGUUCUCACUUACUUUGCUGAUUAUGGCAAACGAAAACGAUCAAGUCUUCGAUGGGGAUACAAAUUCUUCAGUUCAAGAUCACUCUUACAUCAGUUUGAAAGACACGAGUUCAAGGAAUUCACUGUGACUGUCUUUGAAGAGUUUGAAACUCUGGUGUGUAAAAAAUUAACCGAAUCCUUUGCCCACGAUUUGCAAGGAAGCCUUGUUGAACAUAAUUCUCAGGAUGGAGACGAAUCGACAAGACGUAAGAAAGCGCCAGCUGCAGCUAAAUGUAUAUCUUGUGCUUUUACCAAUACAGUACACGAUUUCCAGUGGGAGAAACCUGAUUUAAGUUCACCCAUAAGAAGAACGCGUGAAAACAAUGCCGAAUCGCUUCAUGGCAACUGUAGAUCAAAGAUGCAAAAUGUCAUGUUUCUGUUGAGUGGUUGCCCUAGCGAUGAAUUUGCAAUCUCAUACUUUACGGGGGAAACUUCAUCCUCACUAGCAACGUUAGAAAGUUUGAAUAACAUUUUAAUGCCCCCAGUGUUGAACAAAGAAUUUAAAGACAGGCACAUUACCUUGCAGUGGAUAAACACUGGAAAUAACCAAUAUGAGAAGGUAUUGAAUGUGUAUAAUGUUUGUUUAUUAUUUGUUUUACGUCAGCUCGCUCUGCCAGCAGAGACUUUUUUUUUUCGCUUGCUCGAUUUUGGUGUAUGUGAGAAAAACUCUGCAUGAAUUGAGUGAGAUCUUUGUCGAGCAUGGGUUUCUUGUUGCUAAGAUACCAUGUUGAAUGAAGGCCUAAUUGCCAUGUGCUUGGUACAGCAAGCUCAGUUACGACCAAUAAAUUGUUGAUGAAUAAAUGGAUGCUCACACCGUUUGAUGAGAGAAAACAAGUUGGCUACUCCAGAAGUUUGAGCUGCAGCGAUUUCAACAUCCUCGGAGACCCAGGGGCAGAUAGUAGGGGUGAGGGAAAGUCUAAAUGGGCGGAAAAAUAAUGCACAAAGAAAAGUAAAGAACGGCGAGAAGAGCCCCUGGGGACAAUGUCUUACCAGACCAGUUCCAAACGGUCGCUGCCGUUCUGGCUUCUGAUUGGUGCCAGAAAACUUGUGUUUUAAUUUUAAUAUAUGCUCUUUCAGCUUGUGCUAACAAAAUUUUUCAAAAGUGAACUGUUUUUGUGUUUACCAAAAGUUGAUCGAGUCAUGCAAAGAGCCUGUUAUUUUACCUGUCCCUAGUAACUGUAGUCCCAUAAGUCUUUGUGAAUGUUAACUCACCCCAGUUUCCUUCUCAUUUCUAAAGUAGUGAAUUGGUGGUGAAAACCAGGCUGCAAAUAAUACAGCGUAGGAUCCCACCAAAACUCUUAGCAGCUAUUGUACAAUGAUACAUGUAUAUACAAAUGUAUUAUGUAACAAGUCAAAAAUAAAUUCAGGUUAAAUUUUUUUCACCUAGGUUGAUUCCCAAUUUCUUUGUUCCUUAGCCCUAUUCAUGAAGGAUAUUAUUAAGGCUAGGAGACAAAGAAUACAGAGAAUCAACCUAGGUUUUUUAACAAAAUUUACUUGAAUCUAAUUUUGACCUACACUGUAUACAUAUUGUUGGUUUUCACGUGAUGUCACUAAAAUUCAAACUAAAAAAUUAUCAAUCUUACCGAGAUUUUACUUUCGCGAUGCAUUAGAACAGCUGAAAACUAAUUUCAUACAAAUUUUCGCUUCAAAAGAGUUUGGUUUUGUGAUAGAGUGCGCUUGAAUUUCUAAGUUUUUGCGUGACGCGGCAAUUACAUGAGGGCAAAGAGAGCUGUCAUGUAGGUUAAAAAAAUGACUUUUUUCAGGAAAGGUUUCUAUGCAAACAGUUCAUGUAUUAGAAAAAGUAUUACUUUAAUGGUUAUGAGUUUCUUGAAUAAUAAAUUCACGCUUUUGUAGCAAAACUCGGUAACAGAUGUUUUUGUUGGUUUCUGUCCGCCAUGUUGAAACUCAUCCAGGUGAGCACCAGCAUGGCGUCUCUGUACAAAUCUCUAUAAGUUUGGGUAAAACAUUUCUUUGGAUAUCUCGUAUACGAAGUAUUCCUCUGACCUGACUCUUGGUAAGGGUCUUUGUAUAUGUACCUCCUUUCAUUUCCCGAAUUCUGGACUUUAUCUGUUGAACGGUUUUGAUUUUUAUUUUGAUCUAUUUUGAAUGGCGUGACGCUGAAAACCAGCAAUACAGUGACUAAAAUGUAUGCUAUUCUAUUUUAUAGAACACAAACAUGAUAUCACUUUUGGAAUCUUUUGUGGAACAGCUUGGUGGAUGCGUUAUCCCUCUUUCUUCAGUGAUUUAUAGUGGUAGUUUUUCCUCGCUUGGUCCUGAUUCAGUUUCUCAGAACCAAUCCUCUUGUCAUGAAGUUAAGAAGACCUUUUGUACUAGUGGACCUUUAUUUCCUUCUAAAACUGUUAUGGAUUUCUUCUUGGCUGGAAAGACUAAAAAGUCUUCAGAUUUUAACCUCGCUCAAUAUCAUUUUGAAGGGAAGACGAGUCAUUCAGGAACUACAGCAUUAAUGUGUUCAUCAGGUAAAUUAUUUUGGAUUGCAUUUUUUUACUGCAAUAACUCUGUUCCUGCAUCUCUGCAGGGCUUCUAAUAUUUCAAGCAGUCGCAGGGCCACAAAAUUCAGGUAAAUCCGAGAAAUUACGCGAAAUUCACAAAAACACACGAAAUACUGUGAAAUUUGCUAGAAAUCAUAUCAAAUACAUGUCUGUACACCAUAUUUGAAACUAAUCUUGGCUAUUAAUUAGGGCUGUUUACUUGCUGUAAACUUACAAAUUUAACUUGAAACUUUGUCACAGAAAUGAGCAAACAACGUCCCAGAACUACCAGGCGUAGAUUAUGUUGCGAAAAACUGGGCACUAGCCAUGAUUUAAAAAACUUUGCCAUUGGUUCAUUUCUCGAUGGUAUUGUUGAAAGAUUGAAUGAUUAUCUCUAUUUAAAAAAAGGUUAAAAACACUGGUCAGAUUGUCGCAAAACUGAUCGAUUCUUGGCAAAAUUUGCCCAGAAAAUUCCCACAAAAUCAGACAUAUUUUAAUGAUUGUUUCUCAGUGAAGUUUACCCCAAAAAUUACUGCGAAAAUCCUGCAAAAUUGACCGAUUUUUCCACGAAUUCGUCCCUGAAAAUCCCGCAAAAUUUGACUUUUUUCUCCGUGACCUUUCAGAAGCCUAGUUAAUGGGUGUUGAAUGGUUGCAUUUUCUCUCAGCAAAGUGGGUAUUUUGUACAAAAAAUCAACUCCUUUGCUUAAAUGAUAACUGUUUUUGAUAUAACUGAAAUUACAUGUAGCCUGAAUCUCAGUCAUUACUUCAAGGUGCUUAUACUCCCUCAGUAAUGUCUGAAUUGAUGAGCUGUUAAUGCCAUCUGGUGACCCCUUGUGAUAAGGGACAAAAAAAUGCAUACAGUGUAAUAUUGUCCUGUUCAGGAUCCGUCAGGAUUGCUGGAUUGAGGAGAUGUUUGGUCAAAGAAAGCCUGCUGGGAACUAUCCUUAUAAAAUGCUUGUAAAUCAAAGGAAACACUUGACAAUUCAGCAAAUGAGUCAUGAUUCAAACCAACACAUGUAGAUAAAACCGUUUGUGUUUAUUUGGAUUUCUAUUUCUUAAUUUUGUAUAUAGGCAUUGAUGAUAAAAUCCACUGUUCUGUGCUACUGAACUCCAUGCUCAAGCCCACAUCAGUUCUGCCAAACCCAAGAAGCUUUCAGGAAGUUGCUAAUGUUCUUAAUGAUGGGCCAACCAACAGUUUAACUGCAAACAACACUACUGAAACAUUUCACUUUCCCACUCUAUUGUGGAUCAGAGGAGUGAUAAAUCACAGUAGUAUUUGUCCAACAUGGCUGCAUCCUUUGAAAGCAUACACAUGUAUUGGUUUGGAGUGUACACAGAGUUAUGAGUCAACAAACUCUGCCUCAUCCCCCAUGAGGCCCCUCUCUGGGUGGUUUCAAGAACUCUUACUUGCCUUGGCAAAAGGCAACAAACUUCUGGUAUGUAAAACAUUUAACUUACCAAAAUCCUCUAUUAAGUUCCCCCUCUCAAAUAAGCUCCCCUUCUCUUAUAAUUUAUGCCAUGAGGGAAGUUAGUUACUAAGCCCCCCUCCCCUCCCCCUAUUAUUAUUCACUAAUAGAUUUUAGACUGUAUUAAUCAUGACUGUAAAACUUUGUGUGGAUUGAUCUAGGGUGGUUCAUGCAGCCGAGGAUCGAAAACGAAUCCGAACUUUCAGCUGGUGAAUAAAGUGGUUUAUUCACUAGCUGGAAGUUCGGAUUCGUUUUUGAUCCUCAGCUGCAUGACUUCAACUUCUUGGAGUCAAGCUUUUCCACUUUGCCUUCUGAAGAACCGAUACCAUCACCUUUCCUAACUUAAAUGAGCUCCUGCCCCCAAAUGUGUUUGAAAUAAAUAAGUGCCCUGGGGGGCUUAAUAGAGGAUUUAUUGUGAAAUAUCCAUAAAUCCAUAGAUAGAUUUACGGUAAUACUUACACAGUGCUCUACAUGUACAUUGUACAGUCCAAUUUUGGUUAAUAUAAAUUGUUGCGUUCAAGGUACAAGAACGCAAGGUUCCCCUAAUUUGUGUUGGGUGUUCUGUGCAUUAUUCGGUGUCCUGUGCAAUUAAUAAAAGAGGUUUUUUUGAGAUUGCAUUUUCGUCGGCGACACACAUUUGCCUCGCUUUGAGGCGCUUGCUUACGUUUUGCCUCACUUUGACACGCUAACCCACGUGGUGAUUCUUGUGUCCUCGGCGUUCAUCUUUCAAAGGUUUGCUGAGGUCUGAUAUUCUGUCUUCGUAAAGCGUUCAUCUUUUAAACAUUUGCUGAAUCUUCGGAAAGCGUACAUCGAUCUGUGUUUGCUCAAUUGUCCAGAGCGUUCAUCUUUCAGAAGUUUGCUGUUAAAUUUUACUUUGGACUAAGCCUUCAUAUUUUUCAGCAUGGUUCGUAACUGUCUUUGGAAAAUGUCUGUGACUCCUGGUGCACGCAUCAAACCGGGUUUAGUUCGGCGGCCGUUGUGCCACAAAGUAAAUUUACCGAGUUGUGUAGCUCGGUGGCCGUUGUGUCACAAAGUAAAUCUACCGAGUUGUGUAGCUUGGCAGCUGUUGUGCCACAAAGUAAAUCUACCAAGAUGUGAAGCUCGGCGGCGCCAUUUGAUCAUGACUUGUAAUAUUUUCGGCACCGGAAAAACGAACACUUUAACUAUAUGUUAUUUAUUGGGAAAAACUUAUAAACCAGACCAAAGUAGGGCCACUGUCGAGUCACUGAAAUCAACAUGCUCGACCAAAUUACUGGAAAAGUUAUUGACGUGAGCCGCACACACAUUCCAUUGUUCCUGCUUGGUGCGAAGUUUGAAUUCAGAUGUGAAAAAAGCUUUUAAAACAGUAACUUCAAUUUAAUUCAUUUUGUCAACAAGUUGAUGAUUGGAUGCUCUUAAAAAUAGCAGAGAAAAUUAUCCAAAGAAAUGUUUUUAAGGAAAGAAAAAGAAUUCCAGGUUAAGCACUAAUUGGCCUUUGAGCAACUGCGUCCUGUAAUCGCGCCAGUAAAACAAACUGUUCUAUUUACACGCCGGACGCACUCUGGCCAUUGUCUCCUCCUGUUACAAGCACUUGACACCGGACCAUACGAUAUCCUUUCAAAACCUUCUUAUGAUGAUACACAGUUUAAAUAGAGGUUUCAGUGUACGCAGCCCUUACGUUCAAAAUAUGCCAUAAUCAUAAUUAUUUAUCUAUAUCGCAACCACCCUUCCCCCUAAACUGCUACCUGUACGCCUAACAAACAUAUCGAACGCACUCUCCUAAGCUCCUAUUACUCCUAGUUACAGUAUAGUGGAUGGAAAAAUGUGGGCCCACUUCUGUUUUGGGCUGUUUCAUAAGAUGCAACUUGAAAUAUUGAUAUACAGGUGUAAUAGACCUUUCCCGCAUUCCAGUGAACAAAGGCACCAACUCGAGGCUCGGGUGGACAAAAUACAGUGAUUUGUAUGAAACUGUCCACCCGAGCCUCGUCCUCAUUUCUUUGUGUUUGUUCACUGGAGCGUAAUGCGGGAAAGGUCUAUAAGCUUAACAUAAGUAUACAUGUAAUGUAGAUAAAUGAUAAUUACCAAGUUUUCUCCAUGCAGAUAAAUUGAUCUGUAGUGUGAAAUGGCUAUAAAAAAACGUUCUGCCAAUUUUUGAGAAAAAAACAUGUAUCUGGUUUUGGUGAACGCCAAAAAACAUUCUGGGUGCCUCCAUUGGGAUGAUCUGAUUAGGAUCAGUGUGUCUGAGAUCAAUCAGAACAUAACACAUCAAAAGAACUGAGGAAUCCACCUGGAGACCCAUUGGUUCAUUUGACGUACCAUGAUGCAAGUGAUUUUGGAUAACUGAUCCUGAUCCAGAUCAUCCCAAAGGCAUGUAUCCUCUCUCCUUCAGUUUAUGACUGUGACAGGCAGCUUGCUGUAGCUUUGAAGGAGGUGAAUAGGCAACAAGAAAGUAAUGCAUUUUAGUUGUUUUUCAAGUCCUGUUUUUAUGUGUAUUUUAUUUAACAGGUUAUUGAUUUCAUUGACUGUGACAGUGGUUUACCAGUGAGUGGUGCCCUACAACCUUUAACUUCCAUCUGUGGAGUAAUAAGUGUCAUCUCCUCAGAAUUUCUUGUGAUGUUUGAAAAGUUCCUUCUGUGGGAUGACAAAACUGCUCUGCUUGACAAAGAGAAUACUGAAGGCUUAGAAGCUUCAAGCAAACUUCUCAGUGGAUGCAAGAUAGCUGGACAAGCUGCUAAGCCAAGUGAAGUUUUUUUUACGAUUCCCAGAUCUGAAACAAGUCAGCAAGGUAAAUGGAUGUGUUAAUAAUACUUUUAAUUAUUAUAUUUAAAGUACCCUUGUUGGAAGCAAAAUCAUUUUCAAAGCUGCUUAUAGUCAGGUGUUAUGUGCUUGUUUUUUCAUAUUGACAUUACUUUUAGUAAAAACUGGUCUGUGAAACAAGACAUGUUACAACUACAUGUACCUGACAAUUUGUGUGCAUUAGCUGGAACUGAUGUGUUUGUUAGCAGGGUUUGUGGUUAAACUUUUGUUACUAAGACUUUUGUUUUUAAAUCAUAAUUUCAGGUUUAUGUGUUUUAAAUUAUUAUAAGAUCUUCGCUAAUUCGUAAUCUUGGCAAAUUUUGUAUUCUGAUUUUUGCCUUACGUGUAAUUUUACCCAUUGGAUAUCUGUAAACUGGCCAUAUGAUUAACCAUCUUUACCACAUAAAAUAAAGUGUAUAUGUCUAUUUCUUAAACUACACAGUAUGGUGUGGCUCACGCCAAUCAGGAGAAGGGAAUUUAUAAGUACUUAUCGAAUGACAACAAUUCUCAUUGAUUAACCUCUUGUAGAUGCUGAAGCAAAUGAGGAAAGACAAUAUGAAGCUGGGCUUCUUGAUCCAUGGAUAUCUUUUCCUGUUUUUGAUAGUAAGGAUGGCUUAGGUUGGGGAGAAUCAAGAGGGUGAGUAACAAUUGAACAGAAGCUUUACAACAGCUAGUUGUAAAGAGGAUAAAAACACAGUCUUGAAAGCAAGAUUAGACUUACAUGUAGACUUAGAUUAUGGAUUAAGGGAGAAGGAUUGACACAGUUGGCCAGUGUGUGGCAUUCUGUGCAAAAGGUUCAGGGGUCAAUUCCCAGGUGCGACCUCAAACCUUGUUUCGACUUCUUAAAUAUGUACCUUUCAUUUUACAGUACAGUACAGUACAGUACAGUAGCUUUGAGUAGCAUAAAAUACUUGUAAAAGGAGCGCUAAUGAAGAUAUGGAGUGUGGGUUGAGUUCAGCCUCAGGUUUGUUGGUCAGAUGAUGAGUGUUUCGCUCUGCCAGUGUAAGAUAAGGACCCUUUAACCAGUUAUUACAAGAGGUUCUAAUUUCAUCCUUAAGACCAUGACAUAAUUUUGCACCUAAGGUCCACAUUCUGUUAGAUACCUUGUGCAUAGAAGUAAGUCUACACCUGUACGGUUGUUACACAAUGUAACUGUAAGUAAUUAGGGCAAGAGAACUAAGCAUUGAUGGCAAGGCUCUCUCUACUGGCUGUGUUAAUUUCCACCAUUUUUUUAAACAAGUAAGGCAUUAUUUUGUGAAGUUUAAAGCAAUUUAUCAGUGAAUAUAAUAUUCACAGGUCAGACAACGAAUCAGAAGAAGGAGGUGAUGAUGAGAGCAAUGAGGCAUCUCUUAUGAAACAACUAAAGAUUCUUUACAGUAAUAAAGAAGAAAAGCAGAAAUCUUUGGUCCUUAGAGAAAGAAGAUCACCGAGGCAUAAAAAGGAAAAAUUGGCCACUCCAAAGAAACUAAAAUUAAAACGAGAUUCACUGAAGCUAAGGUAAGGUUUUGAUGGACUUUUGUUUAAAAAUCUCAGUAACACAACGGACAUUUAAAUCGUACAAAAUGUAGUUAUCCCAUAGGACAAAGGAGAGUAAAAUGUUACAAGUUAAAGAAGACAAACUCGGGGCUACUGUGACAUUUAUCUUGACGUCAGAGUUGACUUUAUCUUGGCAUCUGCAAUUUUUUUUGUCUAGAACCCUAAUAGCUUUGCCCUUCUGCAGGAAUGAAUGAUCAUUAAAGCCCUUCCAUAAAGCUAACAAAAAUUACUGGUCAUUACUGUAUAAAUAUAUUUACAAAGGCAAAAACAAGAGUACAUCCACGUACAUGUAGUUGAUAAACUUGGUAAAACGUUUCUCCUGAUUCUUUUACUGUAUGUUAUGAAAAGGAGCUUUUUAUAGUUUAAUAAACCCCCUUCAUUUUAUUGCUUGCAAAAAAAAUGGGAGUAAGAAACAUUGGAAUUAGGUUAAACUUUUUGUUGAUCACUAGUACUUGUGAGGUUUAAAUCAGAGGUCAGUAUGGGACUAGCAGAUGCCCAAGAAAUGGGAAAUAAAUAUGUAAUUAAUUGUUUUUGUUUUGAUAGUGCAAAUGUGAUGGAGGAAACAGAGAAAGUUGACCAGGAAGGUGUUAUACCUGUUCAAAGCAUAACACAACAUUUUGCUGAGGGGAAUAUAGAAUUAUCAGGUGACAACUGUGAUGUCACUGGGGAAGUCAAUAUGACAGGUGAUACCAAUGAAAUGGAAGAGCUUCCAGAGGAAACAAAAGGUACUGGUAUAUACUAUAGCUACAUUGUAAAGGGGUAGGCACUCCAAUCAAACCAUAUGUGCCAUAGGGACAUACAGCCUGUAAUAGUUGUGGCCUUCAACCAUUUACACUGUAUAUUGCAGUGGGACCUCAAUUUAACGAACUUCUUUGUCUAUAAAACAAAGUUCUUGGUAUGACGAAUGAUUAUUCUUUUUACUCCAUUAAUAGUAAAAUAUAUGAAAAAGAACUUCGAUUUAAUGAAACAUUGUUACAGCAAACAAAUUUUACCAGUCCCUUGGCCCUUGUUUGUUAUGGAGGUUCUAGUGUAGUUUAAUAUCUGCCAAUCAUUUUCUGCCCUGGCAGCUACAUGUAUAGUAGGUGUGUAUUGCUAGAUACAUUUUAGAGAGUUUCAUUUACUUACUGUCAAAGUCUGAAAACUGUGAGCACCUUAAAUGAACAUAAUAUAUCAGGAAUGUUGACUGUGUAGUGACUGGUCUAAAGGGCAGCUACCGGUAUAUAUCUUGUAAACUGUCUUUGCAAAUGUCUGUAUUUGAGGACAGACCAAUAUCGUACCAAUGUUGACUACCUUCUUGUUUUCGUGGUUGACCUUUUUCAUUGGGGUAAUGCGACAAAAAUACAGUUAAGCCUAUAUGAAGGGUUAAAGCUGCAUUUAUAUAAUAUUAUUAUGCAUUAAAAUUGUUCUUUGUACAAUGUAUGUAGUGUAGUCUUAAUGAUUAUCUUGAGAAAAGAAAUACUGAUUGCUGUUAUCUUUAAUUUUAUUCUGAGAAAUUUUUGACAUGUACUUUUUGUAGAUGAAGUUGAGCUGGUUAAAACCAUCGAUGGUAUAUGUAACAAAGUUAUUUUUGAGGUAAGGAAUAAACAACACAGUUAUGAAUUAUCUUACAAGUACAGUGUAGUACUCUCAACGUGGGUGAAUAAAGCACCGGGGUUUAUAAUAUACAUUGUAUCUUAAAACUUCUGUAUACACUGUAUAUUUGCAUUGACUUUUCAGCAACUUUGAAUAGUGGUAUAUGUAAAUUUUCCUUGAAGCAAGCAAUUUUACCGAUUUUGGAAGAUAUAAUAGAAGGGAUUCCUGAAAAAAGGCAUAAUUGGCUUAUCACUGAUAAGCAAAUUACACCCUUUUUUCAGGAAACCCUUCGCAUAUUAAAUAGAGGGUAUUCAGCAAUUUGGAGGUGUACAGAUAUGACUAAGGUGCUGCAACUUGAACCCUAACCCUAAUCCUAACACCUUCAGUUACACACACACCCAUACCUGCAAAAGAAGCCCGAUGCAAAUUUAAGGUCAUUGCUACGGAAGCUACUUCCCAGUAAUAGGCUAAUGAUUGAGGAUAUGCUGCUGGAUGUGAUCGCAUUUUCAUGACUAGAUUCAUGACACUAGUAACUAGUGAAAUAGUGAGAUUUCUGGUAAACUUUACCGAUUGGUUGUUUAUGUUCUAUUUAAUUGGGGGGUCCACGUACUCAUUUAGGAGCAGUAGAAACUUCACGUAAACGAGAAAAUGAAGAUUUACUUGCCCAGUAAGAAUACUGAUUGUCUCAGAGUAGAGUAGCAAAAUUUGAAUGAUAGAAUUUUAUAUAUAUCUUAGUGUCCUAUCCCUGCAUCACUACUUACAGCUUAUGGCUACGUGAUUUAGGGUUAGUGGGCUAAUUUAUACUUUGUCAGUCUUGAAACUCUCAUGAAACGCUUGUUCCACUUGACACCCGCACUUCCUCCCAUCUAAUCUUACAUUCCUGAAAGCUUUCCCAUAGACUAUUCUCAUCGAAAUAAAGGCUAGUAAAUGCUCAGAAAAAGAAGAACAGGUUUAGAAAAGCGAAAGAAAAGGAGAAGGGAGAAAGUGAAAAGUUAGGUAAGAGUCAAGAAUCGAAAGUUUGCUUUUUGCACAUGCCCAAAAUUCUGAAGCUGAUAUUUUACAUGUUGAAAAAAGCCGCGAAGUGCUCGACCUGUAAACGGCGUUUUGGACAGUUUUGGCUGUUUAUAGCUAGAGAGUGACCGCAAAAUAGUUCGACACUAGCUUCAAAACGCUUUUUUGUAGGCAAAAUUUCCAGGAGCGAAUGGGUUAAGUAAAAUUAAUGUCAAACUCUGAUCCGUGCUGUUUUUUUUCACUUUUCAACCUGUUUAGGGAGUAAUUAUUCCCACGGAAGUCAGCAAUAUAAUGACAGCUGUUUCGAAGUUUUAUCAAAAUGAUGAUAAAGACAGACAGAAGGUAACGUGUAAAUGGUUACUUCACUUUGGACAUCAUGUUUAUGUGUUUUUUGUUUAUGUUGUGAAACAACGAUGCUGAGGGUUUCAAAGAAAGAUCUGUUAUCUCUUUCCUCCUUUCCCCACCCCUACCCCCUUGUGCUUGCGGUCAAUAAAUCCCCGCGGUUUUUAUAUAGAGAAAAUAGACGGUUCUGUGAACGGGUUAUUUUGUUACUUACAUGUUGUCUUGCUACCUUGUUUCAGGAUAAUGUUUCACAGUUUUUGAAGGAAAACGUGCUCCAAACAAUAUCGAGACUGAGAGAAAAAUAUGAAGGGUGUGAUACUAUCCUAAGGAAAGAACAGCAAGUUAGAGAGUAAGUUGUAUAUUAGCUUUUAACGCAGAAGUGUAAAUUUAACAAAAUGCCAAAUGACAAACCCAACCAGCGCUGUUUACAUGUCUAGAGAUCUACAGCCGGUAGAAACUACUACAUAACAUAAUUUUUAGCUGAAGGAUGUAAUUCAAACUUUUAUCUUCUACACUGUGCCUUGUCCCGUGUUUUCUAAUACGUUUUAUUGCAUGUCAAUUACAUUGCUGAAAUCUAAACAUCCUAUAGCGAAUUUAGACUUGUAAAAACUUUUCAGUGUGCUAUUUUCCCUUAAGUUUUGGCCCCUAAAAAUCCAAAAAGUGGGGACCUUGUGUCCGCACCACUCUUUUGUUUCUUACUUUAGCUCCCUGCAUAUAAUUAAGUGGGAGUUGUCGGCCUGGGACUACGGAAUAGUAGAAUUAUUUAACUCUAGUUCAGCCGUCUUGAAUUCAUAAUGAAAUAAAUCUGAUAUCCCAACAUUCCAGUCUGUUUUUUCUUACUUACUUUACCGGAAUUUUUGUUUCCAUGCCCCAAGAACAGAAAUAUAGGUGGUUUUCUUCGUUCAUAUUAUUAUAAUUCGUCAUAGGGCACAUCGCUUCCUUAAAACUUCAACUGAGUGUUUUAUUUAGUUUUUUCUUGUCUGCAGCCAUCACGUCUUUCACAUUUCAAGUCUUCAUAGCCAAUAGUGUCACGGGUUAACUGACAGACCAAUAAAAUUUUGACUCUGGAGAUAACUAAUGCACAGUUUGUCAAACUUCAGUAGUCACUGCCUGUCAACAGUCCACUCCUAUUCAAGGCAACAAUAAUUGUCUCAGCCGGUCGAUUAAAACUCUCUAUAACAUAACAUUUCUCUUUUAGGUAUCAGUUACAAAUCCUUCUCCGGACAGAGAUAGCAGUCCUUGUAAAUGCUGACGAAAAUAGUGCCCUUGCUGAAGAGGUUACAUAUUAUAAUUAUCAUAACUUGAAAAUAUUUAUAGUAAUGAGUAUUAUACACUUCGGCUAUUCAUCGAAAUUUUUCAAAAUUAAUGUUUUUAUAAGUGUAAAUGUACAAAUAAUAAUUGUGUUAUAAGUUUUGUUGUAACAUUUCAUGUUCGUCAAAAAAAAAUUCUAUACUGAUGAUAGUUUGUAUGUAAACUUCCAUGUUUUUCAUGUCUGAGUCAUCUUCAUGGGGCGCUAGGGUGGCACGGUGGUGAGAGCGCUCGCCUCUCACCAAUGUGGCCCGGGUUCAAAUCCCGGCGUCGACGCCACAUGUGUGUUGAGUUUGUUGUUGGUUUUCUCGUUUUUCUCCCAGUGGUUUUUCCCCAGGGGGGUUCUCCCGGAUUUUAAGUGACAGGGAUGAUCGAUUGGGCGCAACAAUCAAAACCCAAAAAUCCCCAGGGCUACGGCUUCAAAAAGAAAAAAAAAAUUCAAAAAUCAAAUCCCUGGGCAAAAAUUUAACCCCAAAUAUCCCAUCACGAAUUUCUGAUCCAAUUUCAAAAAGCGUUAAAUGAUAUAACACGAAAAAUAGAAACGUUAGUAAUGGAAUCUUUGUGUCUGGUGGUCAUUGUUAAAACACUCGUGACACUCAAGAACAUAUUCUGUUACAAACAUGCUUUAUGGACUAUGUUACUUUAUUCGCGAAACUACGCGGCCGGGAUAAGCGGGAACUAUCACGAAUCUUCACAUUGUUUUAAUUACCCCCAAAAAAUCCUACUUAAAUCAAGCUACCCAAGAAAAUAUUUGCCAAAAUUUUCCUACCCCAAAAAAGCCUGGAAUCGAAAAUUUCUGACCCCAAAAAAUCCUUUGAUCAUCCCUGUCACUUGAAAUCCGGAAUACCCCUCCGGGGGUAUUUCUCCGGGUACUCCAAAAAAAACCCCCAACAUUUCCAAAUUCCAAUUCGACCAGGAAUAUAUGGUAGAAGAAGAACUACUACUUGGAUUUGCUCCUUCUAAAUCGUUAUUUAUUUAUUUCCCUUAGCUGUAGCAAUUGUUGUUUUAAUGUCCACUCCAUAAAAAUCUGAAACUACAUACAUGUCGAUUCGUGCCAUAUUUUUUGAAAGGCGCGUCUCUUGAUUGGCCAUAUUGUGGAAUAAGAAUUCAUGGAAUAAAGAGAUCAAAGAGAUUUGUCCCAAAUUUCUGCGUAUUCUUAUUCCAGAAUAUCAAUCGCGCGCACCUUCAGUUUGCAGACAAACUUGGUGAAGUUUCAAAGACUUAAAAUGACUGGUUUGUUAGCAACUAGGUAAUUGGCACAUUUGAAAUGUAUGUAUUUGCUUAUUGCUCUAUCUACAGUGUACCAUAACCAGUUUUGUGUCUUUUUACCAAUGCAGGUGACUGUACUGUUGCGAACAAUCUCGUUCGUGAAAGACCCUAAUUUCCUUACUGUGUACCUACGUGAGGUACUUCUCAACAGGUAAUAUUGUUAUUUGUUUUCUGGGUCAAGUUUAUCUUUUUCCUCUUUCCCUCGCAGCAGUCCUAAGGUACUUGUUACGUUAUUAUAAGUAAAAUUAUUACUGGACACUCAAAUUUCUAAAAUAGUCGUGUUGUUGGUGUUUACUUACGUUUCAUGCCAAGGAAGUCUUGAGCCAGGGAAAUCUUGAAUGUCAGAUUUAAUUUAAUUUAAAGCAUUUAUAUAGAAAACUGAUGUCAGUGGAUCCAAACAGCGUUUCAUUUGAAAUAUCAGUGGGACACCUUGGUCCAGGUCAGAAUUUUCCGGAAAAGAAAAUUAUCGACCUCCGCAGACCAUCCACUUUGCCAAACUUUGGCCGCAUGGUUGACCCGAUUGAAACUAAGCAUUAUGAAGAAAUGCUUGUUUUCAGUCCCAUUUCACUAUGAAGUAACCAAAAUUUCGGGCAAAACAUAUAUGCUUGAAAACGCUUUUCUUUUCCACUGGUCUCUGACAGGUCAGUCGGGCAUAAUGAAAGGCACCCUGUCUUCUGUCCCAAUAUGUUAAACUGCUCUGUGUUGUCAUUUGGAAACUGAAGUGUACUUUGUUGUUAUGUACCUUUUGACCGUUCCCUUCCCUCCCCUCCCACAGGUACAGCCGUAGUCUUCCUAAGUUCUUGUGUGGUGUCUAUGAGGGACUGAUGAUGCGCCCGCCAAGAGAGGUGUUGUCGCCGUCUAGAUGGUCCAGUGAUGAGGAGUCGCCUGUCAGACGCUCUGUCAACUCUGUCUCCAGUGCGAAACAGGACUCAAGUCAACCAAGGUAACUUAGUGCACCGUUACAGAAAUACAAGGGAAUCUACGCGCCGGUAAAAAAGGGUAAAAAGAAAUAAAACAUCCUAAAUUCCUCUAGGCUAAAUCAGGCGUUAAACAGACACAAGUUUUGAAACUGACUGAAGUCUGUCGUAUUCUUCUGCCCCCUAUUCCUAAAUUAUUUCAAUCAAUGACCAAAUCAGGGGGGACCUGUAAACUAGCUGGAUAAGCAAAGUGCACCUUCCACUAGUACUAUAAACAAGCCUUUAAACCUUUUUUUAACAAAGGCUAUCAAUUGAUUGAUAAAUUUACUUUAGGAGCAGCGGAUGUCGUAUUCUGACCCGACAUAUGAGUAUUUCUGAUGUGGCUGGGAAAAGAAGAGAAAUCGUGGUGCCUGCAAGAGCGAAACCUAAAGAAAAAGAUAAGAAAAAGAAGGAAAAGUCACAGGGGAAUAAUAUUGCAAGAGGUUUGAAAACUAUGUUAAAUUGCCGAAGUGUUAGCUAAAUACUUGUACGUAUGUAGUGUUACACUUCUGUCACAACACACUUAAAAAGAAAAUAUCUUUUGCUAUCCUAGGCCGACUGCACUGUUAAGCAAGGAAACCCCUUUAACACUUGUUUUCUUUUCGCAAAGGGAACCAGCCAUCGACCAUCUCUGAAAAAAAGGACGACUUUUGGAGUACGCUGUCAUUCUUUAUUUUCUAAUACUCCAUAAAACACUCCGUUUGCCUCUCCCUUUUUUGCAUAAACUAUUCAGUGUUUUUAAGGUGACUCGACCCAGUUUUUUUUGGGGGGUACCAUCCUACUUUGAAGCUCUCUGGUAUCCUCACCUUUACUUUUAUCGUGAGUCUAACACAUAGAAUGGAUAACAUAUAGAUCAAUCUACAAUAUAACAUAAAAUUUUUAUCGAUCGGAGUAAAUGUCACGUGGUUAUAACGCCACGCCCCUUUGAGGUCUGAGUCGAAAAUCUGCUGUUGCCGGCAUUUUUUCGUGAAAAUCUCUCAGCUACAUAUAGUGCGCAUUAGUGCCUUGCGCUGACCAGAGUUUCACCAAAAUCGCAAAGACCCAAUUCGAGAAAUUCAGCGGUUUCCAAAUUUAGGUCAUAAUUUAUGCGAAAAUGAUAAGCAAAGUUUACACGGAUUAUAUCUAAUAAACUAUGAGAUUCAUCUCUUUAUUUUGGGCAUCCUUAUGAUAAUUUUGAUACAGUGAGACAGGCCAUCGCGUGAUACAUAGACGUUUAACUCACAAUUUUUAAUCAAUUCUCGUGCUUCUUGUGCCUUUGCAAAAAAAUCAAGAAGUGCUACACACUAAAUCUCCUUACUAUUAGAAAAAAUAUCAUUUUUUCAUAGGUUUAAUGCAGGCCAAUAAUUAAACCAACUCGUGACGGGAAUCCCUUCUAUUUUCUUAUACUAAAUUAUCAUAUCUCGGUGAGCAUUCGGAAGUCAGCCAAGCGUGGUCAUUGCACGCGUGCUGAACAAGAAUGCUGUAUCAUGACAGACUAGAAACAAUAGACAACUCCCAAAGCACAAACUCAGCGAAAACGCUAAAAAUCUUCAAUGUUUACUAAAGUUUGGGCUUAUAGAAGAUAAUGUCACAGUUUUUCAAUGACCAUGAAAUUCAGAGUCCGGGUAGUUAGUUAAUCAAUUGUGGCCCUGAAAAAAUUUGAAGGAAAAAAAACUACGAAUUUUUAAGAAAAUGCUUUUUUCGUGAGAAGGACUCUUAAACGCUGACAAACGUCAACAAAUAGCGAAAACUAUAAUUUUCUAUAUGUUUGCUUUGCUCGAAAUCGCGCGCAUUUACAAGGCCCUAAAGCGUUUUGCUGACUUGCAAGGACCCAUCUGUUAAAAAGAUGCCCAAAAUUCAGAGAUGAAUCUCAUAGUUUGUUAGAUAUAAUCCGUGUAAACUUUGCUUAUCAUUUUCGCAUAAAUUAUGACCUAAAUUUGGAAACCGCUGAAUUUCUCGAAUUGGGUCUUUGCGAUUUUGGUGAAACUCUGUUCAGCGCAAGGCACUAAUGCGCACUAUGUGUAGCCGAGAGAUUUUCACGAAAAAAUGCCGGCAACAGCAGAUUUUCGACUCAGACCUCAAAGGGGCGUGGUAUUGUAACCACGUGACAUUUACUCCGAUCGCCAAAAAUUUUAUGUUAUAUUGUAGAUUGAUCUAUAUGUUAUCCAUUCUAUGUGUUAGACUUACGAUAAAAGUAAAGGUGGGGAUGCCAGAGAGCUUCAAAGUAGGAUGGUACCCCCCCAAAAAAAACUGGGUCGAGUCACCUUAAAUGCUCCUGGGAGCAUAUUCCCAAGAGUACCUGAAAACAAUAACAAGUGCAAAAUUAUCAUUGGGGGAUUCAAAAAUAGUCACUGAGUACUGAAGAUGACUCGGGAUUAAUAUUUCGCUCCUCUAAGAAAAGGACGAAAGGAAUAACUGGUGCAUAAUUUUCAAGACAGGGUUUUUGCGUAUUUGGUUUCUUUAGUGGAGAUGUUUCCUAUUUUUAUGAACAGUGACUACCUACAAUGAAUUACCCACUUUAUAGGAGUAAGCAAGAAGCAGGAGAAAACCGCUAAGGCCCAAAAAACACCGGUGAAAUUGGUGAGACGGAAUCUUUUUACGGAAUCAGAGGGAGCUGAUGAAAAUCAAUCAGCCGACAGAGUUCCAAGGAAAAGAAAACUUUCAGAGGGAGGGAAAAAGGAUGAGAGAAGACGCCGGUUUCAUCGGAGAAACACUGUGGGUGAGUUAUAAAAUACAAGAGCAUUGCCUUCCGAACAUGAAAUCUUCCCUGUUGGCUUUCCUCAAUGCAAACAGUUUUUCUUUCUAUGCCGGUAUUCGCUUUGGUCUUGCGCGGCUCAAAACAUUUUUGGGACCGAUGCCGGUCGUGUUGACCGGCCAAACAAGUUUUUGCUUGGUCACGUCUCUCUUCCGACCGUUCAAAAUGUUAAAAGAAAGCACAAUAAUAACUCGAACGCUCUAACGUAACAAGCAAAAACAAAAUGUGAAAAAAACGCUUGCCCUCUUGAAACCUAAUGGUUUGAAAGUGUAUUUUUUUCUUUUCUUGUGGCUUAUUAACGUGUCAGGUCAAGAUGACCGGCGAACCGAAAGUUUGCCCGGACAAAUGGUCAUCUUGGCUGGACAUUGUCCGUCGAGCAGCCGGCGCUAUUUUGAGCCCUGGUCUUGUAACUUUUGCUUGGUGUAAAUUUUAUUAUGCUGCCAAGGUUGCAAUCUCAAGAUUUUCUUUUAAGCUUCCUUACCACUUUCCUUUCUUUUUCAUUGCUGUAUCGCGUCGGACUCACUCUCCGGUGGUCCCGGGUUCGUGUCCCUCUGUGACCAUUAUAUUUUAUUGGAAACGAGGCUGCACUGGCAAUGGCCAUCGAUCAACCUCGUUUCCAGGAGCAGCCGCCUAGUCGUUUAUUUACGAGUGAACUAAAAAAAUGGAGUUUCUGACUAAAACUGCACAGAAGAAAUGCCAGACUACGCAAAACAUACUGCUUGGUGGAUGUUAUCCACUUUGUAAGGAGUAUCUGGAAGAAAAACUCUUUUAUAUCCUGAAACCGCGCCGAAAAAUAGGCCAAAGUUUAGAAGAAAGUCUACGAGGAAGUAAGCUUGUUAAUCCUCUUCGACCUGUACAUUUCUUCACAUCCUAUUCAGCCUAAUUCAAUUGCUAAAUAACAUAUGAUUACUUUUGUCAGUACUUCAGUGUAUAGUACAGAACAGGGGUAAUUUUCAGUGAAACUUUUAUCAAGGGAAAGGAAAUUUAGUUCGAGUAAGCAGGGAAUUCGAGUUAUCUGAGUUCGAGUUAACCCGCGUGGGGUGAAAUCCGAGGGAAAUGGAUUUAGUUCAAGUUAGCUGGGACUUCGAGUUAUCCGAGUCCGAGUUGUCGGGGUUCUACUGUAUUUGGAUUAUUUGAUUUUAAUUACUCUAAUAAAUUGUCUGUAUACUAGCUGGAAAACUAAGUGCACUGCCCUGUUAAACCGUUUUAGAUGAAAAACGUUUUAAAUUCAUUUUCAGCUUCAUUCUCAAAAGCCUCUGUCCAAGAGACACCAGCCCACAAACAAGUGUCUAAUGCUUUGUGGCGUAAACAGGAUCGUGCCAGGUGAGACUAAAGAAUACCAAAUAGGUAUUGAGAUCAUGAGUUUAUUGAAUUAGAUACCAUCUUUAGAAAAAAGAAGACCUUUUUGUUGAUUCAAAGAAUAAGGAGUUUCUUUCUGUUCAAAACCUGUUUUGAUGUGUUCCGGAUCUGACACCACGUUAAGCCAAACCUGGCAAUUCUGUUUGGUCUUAGUCGCCUUUAUGAGCCUUUUGAGCAUUGACCCUUAAUCGAUUGCUGGUAUGAUCGCGCGAUCUGAGAGAAAAACGCAAAGUUGGUCCCAGAUGGACAAAGACACCAGGAAAGUCUUCGGAGGACGAGCUUUUGAGCGAGGAAGUGGACGACUUAGCGGUAGAACCAAGAUCGUCAGUGGUGGUUUAUUUGCUGUCGUACAAACCAUGAACAAGAACAAUGUUCAGGUUCCCGGGCCAUUUCGUACGUGACUCACCAGCUUGAGAUCAAUGACUCAGAAUUCCAAUCAAACUUCACCUUACAGGUUAGGUAAGGUGUAAGGUUCGGUGAAAAUAGAAUUGUGAUACAAUUGCACGAAAAAAUUGCUUACCCCAGUACUGCAACAAGGACUUCAGAUAAAUUAGCAUCGCUGUGUUCAGUAGUUCAUCAAAACCCUCCAUUGUUUCGUUUGUGUUUCAGGAAACGUUCUCGUGUUGAUUCCGAGGUGCAUGUGUUACAGGAGUCGCCAUUGAAGGAGCUUCAAGCAGGUUAAGUGUCUUCUUGAUUGACUCUGGAAGCGACAGAAUUUCAAGCUAUAAGAUAUUAACUCAGUUCUCAAAGAUGACCUCCUUAGUUUGAUUUUGGGACGAACUGUGCAGCACUGGCGCAAACGUUUCCCAUCGCGCUGAACUAUUUAAUAUUUUGCGCAUCAAUGAGGUUCAUAAAGUUGACUCGUUAAUCACGGAGUUAUUUUGUUAUAGGCUACCGUAAGUCUUAAAAAUCGACGGUUUAAACUUGAGAUAUUCAAGUCGCGGUGUGAUUUCUUCGACCUGCAAUCAUCCAUUGUGUACAUAUACCGGGGAAAAAGAUGAGAAAUAUCAGGACGAGAUAUCCUCAUACGAAGUAGUAAAGUGGUACUACUUAGUAGUAAUUGGCGACUUAAUGUUAGGUUGCUGAGAAGGAAAUAACUUUGGUUGAAUUUAGACUUUGGUCAAAUACUUUUCCUUCCUUCUGUCUUAGUUUCCGUUUUUAAACCAGACGAGUCUAAGACGACUUUAACGUCUCUAUGAAAACGGCCAUUAGUUCAUCAAUGCUACCCAUAGUGCUCGUCGCUCCUUAAUUUGAGACUAAAGUUGCAUCCCUUUCUCUCUCUUUGCAGUAGACAGCCUUCCUCGCCGUAGCCCUCGAAGACACCCUGGGAUGAUCUUUCAGCGGAGCCAGUCAUUUUAUGGUCGCUCCAGCAGUGCUGGCCCACUGACCAGAACCCGGUCCUUUACUGGUGUAAGGCCUCGCGAAUCACCGAAGAAGGAGCCCACCGAAGCAUUGGAAAGUCCUGCUAGAAAGACGCCACAAAAGUUGACCUUUGCAGCUGUAUCGCCGUUGCGGUUUUCUCCUAGGCACAAGCGAAAGUUUUCGCUUCACAGCGUGUUGAGUACGGCAAAGGAAUGCGACCAAAAAGAAGACAGUUCACAGAAACCUCAUAAACCGACUACACCUAAAAGACAAAUAAAGGCUCCCACUAGAUCAUCUCCAAGGCUCUUAAAAAAGCGCUCCUUCUCCUGUAUCGGAUUUUUGUCUGUUCCGUUUCCUGGGGAUAAGGAGCAGACGUUUAAUCCAGUCGGUGUAGAGUCACCUGUCCGGGGUUUUCCACAGAUUACUGCCGGGCACAAAUCCCCGAGGUUAAAAGGCCACACACAGUCACAUGAUCCUGAGUCACUGGAGCAAUUGGAUAGGCUUCCAAAAGCACACGAUGAGAACCUAGGGACACCCAUGAAGAAUAUGACUAGUCCAGGUGUUCGCAGCUCGCCAAGAUUACUGGAGAAACGUGAUAAGGGCGAAUUGUCCAAAGAAGUAGCAAGAGACUCUUCGUGUAAACCAACAGAUUCCAAGGUCGCCAAGCCUGUAAUGGCUUCUCCAAGCCCAAGUAAACAGAACGUGACGGUACCUAAAACCCCAGUGAGAGAUCAUCGUUUUGAAGAGUGCGUGGUGCGUUUGACUCCUUUAAGGGGACCGUUAACAUCCCCAGUGCACAUAAGACCUCAAGAGUUCAAUGAAACUAUUGUUAGCCCAGGUGAAAAGAGGAGUAGCUUGAACGAGACUACACAGAAUGGUGAAAGUUCACCGCAUUCAUCAACUAGACUUUCAGGAAGUUCGUUUGACUUCCCUGAACACCAGGGUAAGCGCUUGUCACUAAAACUGAGGAAAAGGACCCCGAUGAGUAAAAGCGCAACAGAAUGUACGGGAUCUACGAGCCCAGGCACGGAAUGGUUCAUUUGUUUAACAGAGGAAAGUCAAGAAGACUGCAAAGUCUCCUCAACAUCCUCACGGUCAUCAUUAACCCCUGCAGAAGGAAAGCACAGCUCCGAAGCUCAGUUCAAGUCGCCUGGUUUAUCUCGUGGAUCGCUUGAAAAAGGAGGGCACUCUCAAGUUCCCACACAAUGUAAGUCACCUGAUUUGAUUCGUGGAUCGUCUGUGUCAAGAGGGAACGGCCCUUUAGCACAGUUCAAGUCGCCUCCUCGUAGAUCGCCUGUGAGAAAAUGCUCGUUGCAGAAUCAUUCUCCGCAGCACUCAACUCCUCCUGUCAAGAAAGGAAAAAGGAAACGCAAUGGUCACUCAAUCGGUGCAUGCAAUUCAGCUGCUGGAAGCAAGAGCUCAAGUCCACUCAAUCAGCUUUUACGCCAGCAAAAACGAAAGCGGUGCUUCUCAAGUUCUCCAGUGGACAAAUGUUCCAGCGAGUCUAUUUACUCGCGUGACACCCCAAGCAAAAACGUGAGGGCGAGGACUUCAUUGCAAGGGGUGAAUACCAAGGUACCUAGUCCUAUUGCUAUUGAGAAUAUUUCUAGGUCAUCGACAAAGGAGGAUGGCUGGCUUACAGAAAUGGAUAAUAGUUUGCAACGGCCAGGAAUUGAAGAAAGCCAAACUGCAUCCUCACCUCCGAAGAAAAAGCGAAGAAUUGACAAAUCUGUUGUCUUUGGUGGAAAACAUACUCUAAAAGAAAAGAAAACCAAAAAGGAAAGGGCAAACUCCUCCUUAAGCAGUGACACCAGUUUUGAAGAGGAAGACGAAGUGUGUCAAAGUCCAAGCUCAAUGGCUUCCAGUCUUAGGCGGCGUCACAUGAACAAGACACCAUUAUCUGCUAGCAGCAUUAAAAUUUUACAAGAAUCGCCAUUACUUUGUAAUAGCACAGGGAGUAAACACACUCGGAAAGCAGAGAAGGCGAAAAAGGAAAAUGCGAAUUCCUCUUUAAGUAGUGACACCAGUUUUGAAGAGGAAGACGAAGUGUUUCAAAGUCCAGGCUCAGUGGUUUCCAGCCUCAAGCGGCGUCACAUGAACAAGACACCAUUAUCUGCGAGCAGCAUUAAAAUUUUACAAGAGUCGCCAUUACUUUGUAACAGUACAGUAUCUCCUCCUUCUCGCUUUCGGAAUUUUUCCGAUCUCUCCCCGAAAUCUGAGCGGUACGGUGGAAAGGGGAGACUUUCUCGGCGCAAAUUUGGGAUCUUGUCUGGUCACAACAAGGAAUGUGUUUCUGAUGCCUUUGUCGAGGACCAAGAGGAACCCAUAGGCUUCAAUUUGAGAAAACGACUGAAAGUGAGCACAAGUUAA